AUGAUUUCAAAGGCAGAGUCAACAAUGGCACAGCAAAUUCAUACCUUGACAAAGUUCCCAAGAGUCUUGGUGGAUCCACGGGAGGAGGUAAACACAUCCUCGAUACCAGCAAACUGGAGCACCUUCUUCGGCACACGCGCCGCCACAAUUCCGGACCCACGGGGCGCGGGGACCAUCCGCACGGUGACGGACCCACACUUCCCGGUGACCUUGCACGGCACGUAUGAUAGCGCCGCGGAUGGCGGUGGCGACCUCCUUGGAGCACUUGACCCCGAGGCCGACGUGGCCGUUGCCGUCUCCGACCACGACGAAGGCCUUGAACCGGGUCCUCUGUCCGGCCCGGGUCUGCUUCUGGACCGGCAUGAUCUUCAUCACCUCGUCCUUCAGGGAGGGCCCCACCAGGGUGUCGAUGAUCUGAUACUCCUUAAUCGGGAGGGAGUGGAGGUAGAUCUGCUCGAGGGAUUUGAUUUUCCCGGCCUGGACCAGACGGCCGAGCUUCGUCACAGGCACCCACUUCUGCUCGUCGUUGUCACGGCGGGCGCGGCGAGGGCCGCGGCCCCGUCCUCCCCUGUCUCCACCGCGGCCACGGCCACCGAAUCCGCCCCUGAAACGCCCUUCGCCGCCUCUUUCAGCCAUUAUUUCGAGUAG